UAGCUUGACUGGCUUACAUGACAGUUCGUACUACUGUCACUGGUAGUUGCAGCCAACUCGUCUGGUGCUGUUUUCUGGUGCAUUGACAAACAGUUUCGCAGUUGGCUGAACGGACUGAAAAUGUUGUCCUACAUCAUUGGCCUGAUCCGAGGCGGCUUUGACAGCAUCAUCAACCUCAUCUUCAGACUUCUCUUCUCAAAGAGGAGGCCUGCAAUCACCUUACAGGACCCCAACAUCAAGUAUGCACUGCGGUUGAUAGACAAACAGAUCGUCAGCCAUGAUACAAGGAGGUUCCGCUUUGCUUUGCCGUCCCCUGAACACAUCCUUGGUCUUCCUAUUGGGCAGCAUAUCUAUUUGUCUGCAAAGAUAGACGGAAAGCUGGUCGUCCGUCCGUACACGCCGGUGUCCAGUGAUGAUGACAAAGGCUGUGUGGAUUUGGUGGUGAAGAUUUACUUCAAAGAUGUCAACCCUAAAUUCCCAGAGGGUGGGAAGAUGAGUCAGUACUUGGAGAGCCUCAAGAUCAACGACACUAUUGACUUCAGAGGACCCAGCGGCCUUCUGGUCUACAAAGGCAAAGGAGUGUUCGCUAUUCAACCAGAUAAAAAGUCACCAGCUGAGACAAAAACAGCCAAACAUUUGGGCAUGAUUGCUGGAGGGACAGGGAUCACUCCCAUGCUGCAGCUCAUCACAGCCAUAAUGAAGGAUCCACAGGACCAGACAGUGUGCCACCUGUUGUUUGCUAACCAGACAGAGAAAGACAUCCUGCUGAGACCAGAGUUGGAAGAGAUUCAGGUCAAUAAUCCAGACCGGUUCAAGUUGUGGUUCACCCUGGACAGAGCACCUGACAACUGGGAGUACAGCCAAGGUUUCAUCAAUGAAGACAUGGUGAGCGAACACCUGCCACCUCCCAGUGAAGACACCCUCAUCGUCAUGUGUGGACCUCCACCAAUGAUCCAGUUCGCCUGCAACCCUAAUCUGGACAAAGUCGGCCAUUCCAACAGCCGCAGGUUCACCUUCUAGACGUCCAUCCACACCGGUUAAUUCAGGUUUGGCCAUUGAAGGGUGUCCAGUUAUCAUUUUCUCUACCCUGAAAGCAUUAAAGCACUCAUAUAGUACAGUUGCAGUGGGUAUUGCACUAUAUAUGCUAUAUUUAUGCCAUGAUAUUCAUCAUGCAACAGAAUCACAGCACGGACCAAUUCAUGUAAGUCGUAGGUGUCAUGGAAGGGCAGGAAAUUGUGAAUAUUUGAGUGUGUUUGGGACUGAAGAUGAGGAUGCAGAGAAGGAUUGUUCAGAUGUAAGUUUUCAGAUGGUUUUGUUGUAAAUGAGGAUGUGAUUCUAAACCUGUUGCAAACCAAAACCUGCUGCGGCCUCUGUGGUUUCAACAUACCAGGAAGUUGAGGUUUACUGGCUUUUUUCUGAGUGCCUUAACACUUGCAAAAAUUUUUUUUUUUUUUUUUAUGCACUGUUAAGAGAAUUGUGAGCACUUACUUCAUUUAUACAGAAUUGUAUUAAUUAUUCCAUUAUGGCUUUCGACAAUGUGUUACCUGCUGUUCAUCUGUUGUUAAGCAGUGUCAAAAUUGUCACGUCAAAGGUGUCAAUAAUUAGCAAAAACAUGUUCUCAGUUGUUUGUUGAACGUGAUGUGGUUACUUAUGCGAUGUCUUUGCUUUAAGUCUGGCAACAGCUGCUACUUGUGUUUGGAUAUGCAACAUAAAAUCAAUUGCUACUGAA